GCAGCAGACUGAAGCUCACUACUCACUACUCUCGUGGCAUCGAAGAAAGUAAGAGAAACGGACGAUGGCUUCGACGACGGGGAGCGUGCAAGACCCCGGGCUGCUGCUGACGAAGGAGAGCGCCGGCUCAGUUGUAGCAGGGAGUCUGAUCCUUGCCGGCGCUCAGCGAGCCGAGGGAGGCUUCACCAUCUACAGACUCCUCUUCAAGGUGCUGUCGCAGAACCCCGAGGGUCUGCCGGUCUACCUGGAGUGUGAACUGUGGAAGAGAUUCAGAGAUUUCCAACAACUCUCCAGACAGCUGGAUACCUGCCACGCCCAGAACCACACCCACUCCUCCGCCCUCCCUCGCCUCGUCAAGACCAGAUAUUUUGAUCGGUUCAAGGAAGCAGUGGUGGAAGAGAGACGCCAGUCUGCGGAGGCUGUCCUCCAGUUUGCCACCUCUUCCCCCCAUCUCUCCGACUCCACCCCUCUCCGGGCCUUCCUCGCCGGAGCCCAGAUUGUGAGAAUCAUGCCAGCAACUCCCCCUCCAUCUUGUCCCUCUUUGCCAAACCAGUCCCAACCUUCCUCCACACAGUUCCCCGACAACACCCACACCCACGUCAACGAGAACGGAGAAAUUCCCACCGAUCAAAACCACGCCCCCUUAUCCACAACCCCCGAUCAGCAAGAUUUUUCAACGAACCCGCAAGAUUUGAGGGUCCCCCCACAAAACCCCCCUACACAUUCCAACACUCCAAGCCCAAGCCAUACUAACAGCGGGAGACCCAGUCCCAAUUACCUAAGGGGCAGUUCGGAAUUUCCCCCGGGGGGCAGUCCAGUUCCCCCGGGGACAAAUUUGAGUACAGACUACAGCAGCGUGGAGAGCAUUGACGAGGCUUGCGCCGAGCACGCGGAGAGACUUUUGAAGAUAGUGACGCCACCGGAAUUGGGUGAGGAGAGCGAGGGGGAGGGGACGGAGGUGGGGUCUGUAAAUGUGUCUGAGUGUGGUCUCGAGCACACGCUAAGACUGAGGGGAGAGAGAGACGGGGAGGGGGAGGACACGCUAACUCCAGCAGACUGUGAGAAAGCUCGACAAGAUGCUUCAGAAGAAACGGAAUCUGUUGAAUCCCAGCCUAACACUCUUCCCAUAUCUGCCGCGUCUGCAUUCCGUACUCCAGAUAAGUCUCGUUCCGGUACGACGCCGGGGACUCCCCCACCGGACAGUCCGUUCUCUCUCUCGUGUCUGGGACUCCCGACCACGCCCAUCACACCCACUGCUGCCCCGCCCCAGUUGGAGGGACCGAUGUCCUGGUGGGCGGAGGCUCUGGCAGAGACGGAGAACAUGGAGGACAUUGACGCUCUGGUGGAGCAGCUGGAAGGGACGGCCAAGGGAAGUUCUUCUGUUGGAGGGAAAGACGGUGAGGAGAAUAAGAAGGAGGUAAAGAAGGGGGAAAAGAAGGACGAGAAAGAAAGGAUGAUGAAGGUACAAGAGGGAGAGGAAGCUAGGAAGAAAACAGAAGAGACCGAUGUUACAUUAACACAGAACAAAGCCGGAGCCACUGGUUCAGCUGAAGAGAAUGUUUCUUCCAUUACUGACGAGAGGAGAGGAGGAGAAGAGAGGUCCGUUGUUCCAGCAACCGAGAAAAGUGGAGCUAAUUCAGCAGAGGACCAAGAAGUCUCCUCGGCCAGUGCCGUGAGCGCAAACCUUGCCUCACACGAUCAGUCCGUCGUCACGGAGACAACACCCCUUACCUCGAGGUCUCCGUCCCCGUCGACAGGCUCCGCCCACUCCGAGGAGGUGGCAUACAUAGUGCAGGCAGGGCGUCUCGUUCGAAAGGCUCUGCAGUACGAACAGGAGAGAGAGUAUGAAGAGGCCUUUGAUCUCUUCAAGGCAGCAGUGGACGUCCUCCUCAAUGGAGUGCAGACUGAGCAGAGUAGGCGGAGGAGAGAGCUGGUGAGCCAGAAGACUGAGGAAUAUCUCAGAUAUGCCGAGGCCCUCCAUCAAAUCCACCUCUCGUCUCAGGCCCCUCCCACUCCCGCUCCCGUUGCCAUGACACCACAUCUGCUUAAAGACUUCAAACCCAUCGGAUUGAUUGGAAAGGUCAUACUGGUUCAAAGUAGACACAAUCAGCAGACCUAUGUCUUCAAGGUUCUCCACAAGUCACUCAUAGCACUGGCUGCCGUCCCCAAAGGAAGGCCGAAAAAUACCGUAAAUAGAUCACCGACUCAAUGUCCGCAUAUGGUCCAGCUGCUUCAUCACUACGAAACCGCCAAUCACCGUGUCUACCUCCUAUUAGAGCACGCCAGGGGAGGGAGGAUGGUGGAUCUAGUGGCUGCCCGGAGACAGCAGUGGGAGCUCCUGAGAGACGCAGCCAUUAACCCUCCGUCUUCCUCCCCUCUCGUCCUCCAUGGCCGCCAGUCUCCUGGGGAGACAGCUGGAGAAGAGGGAGAGGAAGAGGAGGAUGAUAUGGAGAAGAUGUUGGGUGAAAUGACUCUCAUUAGCCCACCAUCCACUACCCCACUCCUAGAGGACAGUCUGACGGAGGGAGGGAGUGGGUCUGCGAACAGCUCGCUGGACACACUCGCAGCCAUGAGGAGAAGACUUAUGGAGACAGAGGAUGGGAGCGAGGGUGCUGUGACUCCGCCCACUACCACACCCCCUUCUGACACAGCUUCUGGAAAGAAAAACGUGACAGCUGCAAUAAAUAUUGAGCCUCCAACUCCGACUACCACUGCCGGCAAUGAACCAUCGCUAGUAGGAGAUGGCGGUUCUCGGGAUGUCCCAUCUGAGGAUGGGGUGGACAGACUGACAACCACCGAUAGUCUGAAGUCGUGUGACGAUGAAAUGUUGCCGUCGACUACCAGUGGUCGGCACGGUGAUGGAGACGGGGAAGGAAAAGGGGCGGGGACUGCUCGUGGCAAGUCUCCUUGUUUCUCGCCAGCUUCUCUUCAGAGUUCACCUGGAAACAGCAACUUGGUGGAUGACUGGAUGCAGCGACUGGAGGGGAGUGUGAAGCAGUGGGCAUUGCAGAUCAUCGCAGCAUUGGAGCACCUCCAUCGACACGGAACCAUCUGCAAGGACAUGAAUCCUGACAACAUUCUCUUGGACAUGUCAGGCAAUGCUCUAUUGACGUACUUUGGCAAGUGGGACUUUGUCAAGCAGAGAGAGAAAGCUGAGCUUGCCGGUCGCCUGUAUGUGGCUCCAGAGCUGAGAGGUUUAGAGGAAGCUACACCGGCAGCUGAUUGGUGGAGCCUGGGAGCCAUUCUGUACGAGGUCCUAACAGGACAGACCCUGCUGUCGUGCCAUCCAGGAGGGGUGAACUCACAUAUACCUCUCCGUGUCCCCUGCACUCUUUCUCCUGAGACCUCGUCUUUCCUCCAACAGCUGCUUCAGGUCAACCCUCAAGAGAGACUAGGAGGAGGUCUGGACGGAGCAGAGGAACUGCGAGCUCAUCCCUUUCUUCACUGCCACUUCUCUCUGAUUCGUCCCUUUCUCUUUCCUCCCUUCCCAUCUCCACCAUCUCCCACAUUGUAUUAAUGUAGAACGUUGUUUAUAGUGAUGUGUUGCCCUCGACUCAACGCUCUCACGUUUUCACUCAUACAGAAUUAUACAUACCACAUGAGUGGAAAAAAGCAGCGUGAUAUUUUCACAUUAAUUGCAGCUUGUACAAAACACUCAUAAUAGUGGCUAAAAGUACUAUAAUUAUACGUCAUAACAU